AUGAGGCUCUCCAUUGGGUCACAUGUUGAUACGGAUUCGAGUUACUCUUCUUGGGUAAUUGUUUCUCUUGAUUUGGAGAAGGAAACAUAUGGAGCAAUUGUGCCACCUAAUUAUGGGGAUGGUGUUAUUGAUUUGACAUUGUGUGGUUUAAAAGGAUGCCUCAAUGUGCUCUGCAACUUCCCUACUUGUGUUGAUGUAUGGGCAAUGAGCGAGAAUGGCGAGAGAGAACCUUGGACUAAGUUGUUCACAAUACCAUAUUCUAUAGUGUCAAGAAUUUGCCACUACACAUUAUUGUGCAUUUCGAAGAAUGGUGAAAUUUUAUUGAAAUUUGAGAAUCGGUUAGUUCUUUACAAUCUGAAAGAUUGUAAAUUUAGGAAUCCUGGAAUACCUAACAUGUGCAAUUGUCUUCCGGUGGAUACCUAUGUUGAGAGCUUAGUCUCACUUGAUGGAAAUAAUUUGGGUUAG